CUUGAUUACAUCCUGUCAAUAAACCUUUUAAUCGUUAAAUCAGACAGCACACUUCAACAUGUUAGCUGUUUUGGAGAGCAACAAGUCAGGAGUGCACACAGACAUGACAUGAGUUUCAUAUUCUUACUGGCCAUCCUUUCCUGUGUCCUACAGUUUAGGUUUCAUUUUCUGUUCCUCAGAAAGGGCAUCGCCUCGUCCACGGUACAUGCAGCAGCAGCAGCAGCAGCAGUUGUUAUGGCGAAACAAACAAACACCGGUUUCGGAUUCAGCUUUGGUGGUUUAGCCACAGCUUCUACAGCCCAGCCUGCUGUCAGCACGGCAGCGGACGCCAAAGAUGCUCUCGGUGGCGGCACCUUGUUUGGUUUAGCUUCUACAGCCCAGCCUGCCGUGAGGACGGCAGUGGACGCCAAAGAUGCUCUGGGGGAAAGCAAACCUUUGUUUCAGUGCUUUGAGAGGAGUCUCGACAUGGGCACAACUGCCAGUUCCACAGAGAAAAAGGAGGACAAACCUUUGUUUACAUACCCGGGUAUGCCCAGGUUGGUAUCUCAGUGGAGAAAUGUCGAGUGGACAGAAGAGAAAAAGACGAACCUGAUGAAGGCCAUCAGCUCCUACAGUCCAAGAUCUAGAGACGUGACUAAAGCUCGGGUUCUCCUCUUGGGCCCAGUUAAUUCUGGGAAGUCCAGUUUCAUCAGUUCAGUCCAGUCUGUGUUUAAUGGAAGAGUCACCAACCGGGCCAUGGUGGGCUCCUCCACAACCAGCUUCACCAAGAAGUUGCAGUCCUUCUGCAUUCACGGUCAGAAGGGAGAAGACGCUAGUGGACUGGUGCUGUGUGAUAUUAUGGGCCUCGGGGAUGGAGAGACGACCGGAGUGAGCCUCCAUGACGUCCUGUCAGUCAUCAAAGGUCACGUACCUGAAGGACACAAGUUUAGCCCAGAGCAUCCCGUGAGUCUGUCUGAGACUGUGGGUUAUGUGAAGAGGCCAAGCCUUAGAGACAAAAUCCACUGUGUGGCCUUUGUGGUGAACGCCACUAAAAUCCUGACCUACCCCAAAGUCCUCACCACCACCUUCCAACACCUCCGAGAGCACAUCAGCGAUCUGGGUGUUCACCAGGUGGCUCUGCUGACCCACAUAGACCAAGUUUCUCCAGAAACGGCUAAAGAUGUCUCCAUGGUUUACAAGAGCCAACACAUUCGGGGCAUAAUGGAUAAAGCUGGAGCUCUGCUGGGCAUGUCCACCUCCUACAUCAUCCCGGUGAGGAACUAUUCGUCAGAGUUGGACCUGGACGUGAAUGCAGAUGUGCUCCUGCUUAGCGCCGUCGACCACAUCCUGCAGUACGCUGACCUGUUUUUUCAGGACAAUACUUCACAGUACGCAGACGGGAUAGUGGACAUGUGAACAUUUCUGAAUUUAAAUGCUACACAUUUUACACUGUAUUUUUAAGUACCUACUUAUAAUUUUACUUUCUAUGUAUGAUUAAGGAUUUCAUUGGUAAGAGUAAUCUGUGAUUUGCAUGCAGGGGCCUGGGUCUCCUGCAUGAACCAUUUGUAUGAGCAUCUUGUGUGAAAUGUGACUGACUCAUACAGGUGGUUUUCAAGUGUGUGUGUGUGUGUGUGUGUGUGUGUGUGUGUGUGUGUGUGUGUGUGUGUGUGUGUGUCAAUCAAAUCAAUCACUCAAAUAAAUAACUUCUUCUUUAAUACAAA